GGAAAGAGGAUGAGGCACUCAGAGACCAUGGUAGACACCAAGGAACAGUAGUGCAGGAGUCAAAUGGCACAGAGACUCAGAAGGGGAGCAAGGGAUGGUAGCCUGGAAACCCUAAGAGGACGAAACUCAAGCAGAAGGCAAGGCUCCCAAGAUGACAAAAAUAGAAAGUGAUGGUUUUGCUGCUGCUUCUAACUCUCCAAGGACUGCAUGGGCAGCUAUUGGAAUUAUUGCAUUCUUCAACCUGAGUGUCCUUAUUGCAAGUACUUAUUUCUAUGUGAAGUUAUCCAGUGAAAACAGGUCCAUGGCUGAUCCUACGACACAUCUGAAGAGCACAAUGGCAGCUGUGUUCAAGCGUCCAAUGUUCAACACAAUGAGCACCAUAAAGUUAGCUGAAGAAGUAGAGCGAGGACCACAGAAAGUAGAUGAUGCGGAAAAAACUUUUAAUCGGUGGAAACAAAAGUACCGUGCUCUCAUUGAGAAAGAAGAGAAGAGGUCUUCUAGUGGCUGGCGACUUCAUGGGAGGAACCGCUACUACAUUUCAAAAGGAGAAAAGACUUGGUAUGAUGCCGAGAAAUUCUGCAUGGCCAAAGACUCUCAUUUGGCCUCCGUCCUCAGUGAAAAGGAGCAGAGAUUCAUCACCUCGCAGCUCAAGCGCCCUGCCUGGAUUGGCCUUACGGAUGAAAAUGAGGAAGGCAUGUGGGAAUGGACAGAUGGCUCCCAGUUCACCACACAGUAUUGGUCUGCUGGUGAACCCAGCAAAUCAGAGCACUAUGAAGGAGGGGAAGAAGACUGCACCUCCAUAGUUCCUUCAGCCACUGGGUAUAACUGGAAUGAUGCUGACUGUCAUAAACUCAACGGAUGGGUGUGUAAGGAUAGCCUAGAGGUUGAUGAGUCAUAAAGGUGGUCAAUAGGGUUGUGCA